AGUUUCCAUGGUGAAGAAAUCCAAAAGUUCUCUUUACAGCCUCCACUUUAAAACAUUAAACAAAGGAGGGGAAUCACUUCCUUCCUUGUCUUGUAUUCACUGUGGAAGCUCACGCCGGUUAAUCGAUUCUCCAACAUCUUCUGUCACUGUCGUCGCAGCAGCGCGUGCGGCUGCGGUCCUGUGCCGCUCGCGCGCAAAACGCCUAAUUCUGUCUGCCAUAUUUGGACUAGGAAUGUCCAGGAUGACGUCGUGUGUCCGGGGAAUGCGGGUUUGUGACCACAUUUAUUCAACUACGCCUUCUCCGAGCCUGAGCUCCUGGUAGGCACUACACAGGAAGAGAGAGAGGGAGCCGUGUAGGAAAAAGAAACGGGACGCCUCCCUCCUCCUCCUCCUCCUCCUCCUCCUCCUCCCCUUCCUCCUCCUCUCUUGGCGGAUAACGGUGUCCAAGAAGUUAUUCAGGAGCGACGCAGACAAUAGUCUUGUCCUGCGGGCUUUGCUACGCGUCCAUCACUGCUUAUUAAUGCUGUCCGCGUCCGGUUUGUGUCACACGAAGAGGGAAACACUCGGCUGAGAUCAUAUCAUGGACGACCUGGGAGUGCCUGAGCCGCCUAACUACCCUCUCAGUCCUCGUAUUGUUGUGUUUGAUGCCCUCCUUGCUGAUCUGGAGAACACCGGCUCUCCUCUGGCUCGCUGUCCCGUCCUUCUCACCUCUGAGCCCCCACAAAAUGCCGACACUCCCCCCGAGGAGACCACACAAGGCAGGCCACCGCCACCCGCCUACACCCCGCAACAGACUGUUUCUGCCGCAAUGAAAUCGACCCAGAACUCCACUCCAGACAAAUUAUACAGCACAGUGUGUAAACCGCGCUCUCCCCGCGCAGCAGAUCCUCCGCCGGCCUUCUCCUCGUCCUCGCUGCUGGGAGGAGGUCUGAGCGAACUGGACCAUCUGUUACAGGAGCUCAACGCCACCCAGUUCAACAUCACAGAUGAGAUCCUGGCUCAGUUUCCUUCUUCUAAGAAAGAUGAGAGGGACAAAAUUAAGGAUAAGGCCACAACAUCCUCUUCCAGCUCUGCGAAGCCGUCGGCGACGUCAGCCACGCUGGAGCUGGACAAACUGAUGGCAUCCCUGUCAGACUUCAGAGUCCAGAGCACACCAGCUGUACCCGUCACUCCAGUGGUGACAGCACCGCAGCAGCCCGCCGCCCCCCCGGCACAGACCUCGUCUGGCGGCUCAUUGGACAGCAUGCUGGGGCUGCUCCAGUCAGACCUGAGCCGACAGGGAGUUCAAACGUCCUCAAAGGGGAACUGUUCAGCUUGUCAGAAGCCAGUUGUGGGACAGGUUGUCACGGCUCUUGGAAAGGUGUGGCAUCCAGAGCACUUUGUGUGCAGCGAGUGUGAGAUUGAGUUAGGCAGCCGCAACUUCUUCGAGAAGGAUGGACGACCGUACUGCGAGUCGGACUACUUCACACUCUUCUCCCCCCACUGUGCACAAUGCAACAAGCCCAUUCUAAAUAAAAUGGUCACCGCUCUGGAUAAGAACUGGCACCCGGAGUGUUUCUGCUGUGUCAAGUGCAGCCGGGCGUUCGGAGAGGAAGGUUUCCAUGACCGUGAGGGCCAGCAGUACUGCCAGCAGUGCUUCUUGACUCUGUUUGCUUCCCGCUGUCAAGGCUGCAGCCAGCCCAUCCUGGAAAACUACAUCUCAGCUCUCAACUCUCUCUGGCACCCACAGUGCUUCGUGUGCAGGGAGUGCUACAGCCCCUUCGUCAAUGGCAGCUUCUUCGAACACGAGGGUAAGCCUCUGUGUGAGGCCCACUACCACCAGUCCCGUGGUAGCAUGUGCCAGGCCUGCCAGCAGCCGAUCCUGGGCCGCUGCGUCACUGCCAUGGGAGCCAAAUUCCACCCCCACCACCUCGUGUGCCACUUCUGCCUCAAGCCCCUGAGCAAAGGCUGCUUCAAGGAGCAGGAGAACAAGCCCUACUGCCAUCCCUGCUUCAUCAAACUGUUUGGUUGAGGACACAGCGGGACAGGAAGAAGCUGUAUGACUCUGAGUUCUCAGUUUGUUUGUUUUUUUUUUUACAGUGGAAAUGAGGGUGGAGCUGGUCUCUUUCUUACUUUUAAGAAUAUUAGAGUUGUUAGAGGAAAGGGAAAAAAAAGAGGAUCAUCCAGCCCAAUUCAUUUCUGUUUAUUUCACAAAAACAGCCCAGUCACCAGAAUAACAUGUUGGCAUUUAACUUUUCUGCAAAACACGGAUCAGUUUGAUUUUUUACAUAACAAUAGCAACCAUAUUGACAUUCCUACAAUAUGUCAAGUUUACAUUACAGGUAUAAGGGCAAGAGACACCUUUUCUACAUUUGCACGAAACCACUGGACAUUUUGAUGUCGGGACAUUUUCCAACCAUGUUUGUGGUGACAAAAAGAGGGAUUUAAAGCCAAAAUGUGAUCUUUCCAAACGCUGUCUAAUGUAACGAGAGGGAAUGUAAAGUUUCAACAUACCUGUGGUUUGCAGGAAGGCACAUUGCCAACAUUUUUUGUGGCAGCUGGGUUGAACAAAAAAGUGGACUGCAUUCAGACUGGCAGUGUGAAAUAUAACUGAUAAUACAAAACGAUGCCAAAUGAUUUUUGUCAUGUAUGUAAAUCUUUAUAUAUUGUAUUGAUUCAAGUUGAAUAUUGACAAAUUGAAUUGUUUUGCCAAAGGUAGAAAAGAAACAAUAAAUUAAGAGCGAACAUGUUGUUUCUGUGAAGAAUUUGUACUGUUGUGCGAGGAGAUUCCCCUUUAAUAUAUUUGCUUUAUAUUGCAAACAAAAAGUGCCACUGCAAUUGCAUUUAUAUAUUGUAUGCCGACUGCUACAUAUUGUAUGUUUUUGUGUAACAAACUAAGCUGUCAUAUGUUUAAUGUCAGAUAUUUUGCAUUAUUCUUUCACUAUGGCUCUAUGCAAUCUGCCAAAGACAAUUCCAAAGAAUUAAAUAAAGGAGAACACAACUCA